CGUUCACCUUUGGUUGUUAUCGCCGAAUAAGUAUUAAACUGGUUGCUCUCCACAAAUUGGCGAUCAGACGCAUUGAGUGCCCCGGCAAAUGUAGUUGUCUGUUUUACGAUUCCAUAAGACGUCAGAAUAAACAAGAAGCAAAAUGUCCGAGCUGAAGAAAAGUGCAAAGAUUGGAAUUGUUGGCAGUGGACUCAUUGGGCGUUCGUGGUCAAUGCUCUUCGCCUCGGUUGGCUAUCAGGUGGUUCUUUAUGAUAUCCUGCCGGAGCAAGUGCAGGGUGCAUUGAAGGCAACGCAAAAGGAAUUGACCGAGUUGGAGACAAAGGGUCUGCUCCGUGGCAAACUAAAUGCCGCUCAGCAAUUUAGUUGCAUUUCUGGCACCAAUGACAUCAAGGAACUGGCCAAGGGUGCCAUUUUUAUACAGGAGUGCAUACCAGAGAAUUUGGAUUGGAAGAAGGAUCUGUUCAAGAAACUCGACGAUGUUGUCGAUAGCAACACAAUCCUCUCCAGCUCCACCAGCACAUUCCUUCCUUCAUUGUUUACUGCCAACUUAAAGCACAAACAUAACACUGUCGUCUCACAUCCUGUCAACCCGCCCUACUAUGUGCCCUUGGUUGAAAUUGUGCCAGCGCCUUGGACAAAACCAGAGGUUGUGCAAAAGACUCGUGCCAUCAUGGACGAGAUCGGCCAAAAGCCCGUGACACUGUCGCGUGAGAUUGAGGGCUUUGCACUUAACCGCAUUCAAUAUGCAAUCCUAAAUGAAACCUGGCGUCUGGUGGAGGCCGGUAUUCUGAAUGUUAAGGACAUCGAUAGUGUGAUGAGCGACGGUCUUGGCAUGCGAUAUGCCUUCUUGGGGCCACUGGAGACGGCUCAUCUGAAUGCCGAAGGCAUGGAGAACUACUUUGAGCGUUAUUCGAAAACAAUACAUGCUGUUAGCGAGACCAUGGGCCCAACUCCAAAAAUGGAAGGACCAACGGCAAAGGAUAUUGCCAAUCAGUUGAAUGAUAUGGUGCCUCUCGAUAAGCUCGUCGAGCGACGUAACUAUCGCGACAAUUGCCUGACCCACCUCAGCAUUCUGAAGAACAAGCUGGAUAACAAAUAGAUACUGAAUCAAUUACAAUAUUUUAAAUACAAUUAUGCAAUACACACAUA